AUGACCAAUGAGUCUCAUCUCUUUCCACAUGCUUUCUUCUUGGCUGGCAUUCCAGGGCUGAGUGCUGCCCACGUUUGGAUUUCCAUUCCCUUUUGCUUCAUGUUUUUCCUGGCGCUGACUGGAAAUGGUGUCCUGCUUUUUCUCAUCUGGACAGAAUAUAGGCUUCAUCAGCCUAUGUUUUUGUUUCUUGCCAUGCUCAGUUUUGUGGACCUGGUCCUCUCUCUCUCCACUCUGCCUAAGAUGCUGGCCAUUUUUUGGUUUGGUGCUACAGCUAUCAGCUCCCAUGCCUGUCUUUCCCAGAUGUUUGUCAUCCAUGCAUUCUCUGCCAUGGAGUCAGGGGUACUAGUGGCCAUGGCCUUGGAUCGCUUCGUGGCUAUCUGUAACCCAUUGCGUUAUGCAGCCAUCCUAACCCCAGUUGUUGUCACCAAGAUUGGAGGCCUGGUGGUGCUGAGAGGAGUGGGACUGACCAUCUUUUUUCCAAGUCUGGCCCAUCGGCUGCUCUACUGUGGCUCUCACACAAUUGCUUAUACCUACUGUGAGCAUAUGGCAAUAGUGAAGCUGGCCUGUGGGGCUACCACUGUGGACAACCUCUAUGCCUUCACCGUGGCAGUCUUUCUUGGUGUGGGGGAUAUGGCCUUUAUUGCCUAUUCUUAUGUGCAGAUUGUGAAAACAAUGAGGCAUUUGCCUUCACCCAAGGCACGUGCUAAAGCAGGCAGCACAUGUACAGCCCAUGUCUGUGUCAUCCUUUUCUUCUAUGGUCCAGGCUUUCUUUCUGUGGCCAUUCAGCAUUUUGGGCCACACACAGCCUCUGGUGCCAAGGUCAUCCUUGCCAAUCUCUACUUGCUCCUUCCCCCUGCAUUGGAUCCCAUUGUCUAUGGAGUCAAGACCAAGCAGAUUCGGGAACAGCUGUUCACACUUCUACGCCCUGUGCAGAUUGAACCCCCUUGA